CCAAAAGAGAACUCAGAGAGGGAGUACAAUAAUGGCGGCAGCAGCAGCAGUAAUCCGUCCUCCCUUCACAAUUUCUUCUUCUUCUUCUUCUAAGAGUAAUUCUACUCUCCUUUCAAGAAAAUCUAUUAUUUUAUCAUCAACAAGUUCCAUAGUAGGAUGUUCAAGAUUGAACUGCAUGAUCAAGAACCAGAUGUCAACAAGCAAGAAGAAUGCUAGUGGCAGUAGGCUACUGGUGAAAUGUAUGGCUUCAUCAUCUGUUCUUCCAAAAGCCCUUUUGUUUGAUUGUGAUGGUGUGCUUGUUGACACUGAGAAAGAUGGACAUCGCAUUUCGUUUAAUGACACCUUUGCUGAAGAGUACCCUUGUAGGUUCAGUAUUGUUUUUAUGUUCAGGACAGCAUAAGGGAUCUGAUUAUAAAUCUUGGAUAUUGUUCUUUCUUUAACGUCAAUUUGAAAUGAGAGAGUUGGGUGUGACUUGGGAUGUUGAUUUAUAUGGUGAAUUGCUCAAAAUUGGGGGAGGAAAAGAAAGGAUGACAGCCUACUUUAACAAGGUGGGUUGGCCAGAAAAAGCACCAAAGAGUGAGGAAGAAAGAAAGGAAUUUAUAGCAUCACUUCACAAGAGAAAGACGGAAUUGUUCAUGGCCCUUAUUGAGAAAAAGUUGCUGCCUCUUCGACCUAGUGUUGCCAAGCUAAUAGACCAAGCUUUGGAAAAAGGAGUGAAAGUUGCUGUGUGCAGCACUUCAAAUGAGAAGGCGGUUUCUGCCAUAGUUUCAUUCUUGUUGGGGCCUCAGCGAGCGGAAAAAAUACAAAUAUAUGCAGGAGAUGUGGUUCCUCGUAAGAAGCCUGAUCCAGCAAUUUAUCUGUUAGCUGCCGACACAUUGGGAGUCGAACCUUCGAGUUGUGUUGUUGUGGAGGACAGUGCAAUUGGUCUUGCAGCUGCCAAAGCUGCUGGGAUGAAGUGUAUUAUAACAAAGAGUGGGUACACGGCCGAUGAGGAUUUCUUAAAUGCGGAUGCAGUUUUCGAUUGCAUAGGAGAUCCUCCAGAGGAACGGUUUGACUUGGCAUUUUGCGGUAGCCUUCUUGAGAAACAGUAUGUCAGUUAGCCUACUUCUCUGAUGGUCACCUUUCCUCACCCCCUCAGUGUAUUUCUCUCUUGAUCAUUUAUAAACAUGGUUAAUCCAAUAUUAUAUUUCUUCAUUUCUCUUAUAAUAUAGUAUGACAAGAACAACAUCAAUGUUGAGUCUUGCUUACAUUGAGAAAUUA